AUGUGUAUGGCCGCUGCAGGUGCACAUAUUCCUCAAAUGGGCGGAGUUGUGAAGCUCGAUUUUGAAGCAGCAGAUGGUGUGGUUGCGUCCACAACUUUUGGGGAAGGAUGUUUCUGCGGCGAGCCCUUCUUUGCGCCGUGUACUAACGACACUCAAUCCGUAGAAGACGAUGGAUAUAUUGUGGUCUUUACACACAACGAGAACACGCGGAUUUCCAAAUUUGUGGUGAUGGAUGCGCAAUCUCCCGCAUUGGAAAUCGUUGCCUCAAUGAAGCUCCCGCAAAGGGUUCCCUUUGGCUUCCAUGGCCUCUUCGUCUGUGCCACCGAUUUGGCUGCCACUCAACGAGUCUAA